AUGCCGGAGGAGAGAGAGGGGACUGGAUUGUUGAUGGGAGUAUGCGCAGGAGAUGCAUCAAUCGGUGAGCUUGGCGCUGGGGCCGGCGAAGCGCAGGAGGCCAUCGUCGGCAGCGGCCUGCGAAUCAAACUAGUAAAUCUGUUCGUCCUGCUUGAAGCGGCCGUAGACGAGCUCGCCCGAGCGUCAGACGACGGGCAGACGGUGGCACUCGGCCAGGUGGGCGAGGACGGCAGCGAACCCUUUCUUGGGUCGCCUGCAUUACGGCAUGAUGCAUUCGUACGUCUUGGAAUGCAUCAGUCGCCACUCGGACCUCUUGCUGCCGCCGGGCUCGGCCACCGACGAGGCCGAGCGAGCCUAGCGGCGGACCGUCUCGAGCUACGCCACGUUCAUGAACGGCAUCCGACGUCGACGCUGUCAGAGCAGGAGUACCUCCUUCAUCUGCAUCAGGCUAAGGUGCUUGUAGACUAG